AUGGCCGAGACGGCAGGUACAUCCGCCUCGACACCCUCGGCGAGGAAGCCGCGCGGAGCCAAUCCUUCGGCCGACUACAAGUCGCUCUUCCUCAAGUCCAAGGACAAGUACGACCGCGUCUCGACCGACCACACCGACCUCGUAGCCAACGUGGGCAAGGCCGCGCUCAAGCAGCAGAAGCUACGCGAGGAGCUCGACUUUCUUCUGGACGCCAUCGCGUCCAAGCAGGCGCAGCGCGUUCGCAUCGAGCAGGCGCAUCGCGACCGUGCGCUCGAGCUCGAGCGCGAAGCAGCCGCCGCAGUAGCUGCUGCUGCAGCUGCCAGACAACACGCAAGCUCUCUCGGCAGCAGGGAUGCCAAGCGCGAUCGUGGCGCGUAUGACUCGCGCUAUCACGCUAGCGCGGACGACUACAGGCCCUACUCGGCGCGGUAUGCAGACCAAGCGUCGUACGCGGCAUACGAAUCGACUGACCGCACAAGGUACGCCUCGCCACCUCCGCAUCCAUCACGUGCUGUAGCCGGCAGCGCAUCCUCCCAAAGAGGCGACGCGUAUCCCGCGUCUGAGACCACCUCGCCUCCGCGUGCACUGCCUCGCGAUCCGUAUGCGCCGGCAUCCUACCGCCACCCCACUUCGCAAUCGCCUCCUGUGGCGCAUCGAGCGCGUGCAUACGACCAGCAAUCUCCGCCUCUCCGUCACGAAGCACACCACGCAUAUCGCGAGUCUACACCGCCCCUGCCGCCACCAGCAGCAGUCGCAUCUUCGGCAGGCGCUGCCGUCAAGAGGCCAAGGCCGACAUCCGUCGAGCGAGAACUACUCGAAACCGAACAAGGCUACGACCAAGAUUCACGCCAUCGCACACAUCACACCAAGCGAGCCAGGAACGACUGA